AUGACUACUGCUGCCAAAAUUUUUACAAAAUUACAACUAAGAGAAACAAAGAACAAACCAAAAGGACGUCGUUUUACAUUAGACGAAAAAUUAUUAAGUUUGUCCUUGUAUAAGCAAAGUCCAAAAUCAUAUAGAUUGCUGUGUAAGAUGUUUGUUCUGCCUUGUAAACGAACACUUUCUACAAUGAUGUCAUUAAUCCCAAUAAGUACUGGGAUAGAUCAGAGAAUGCUGAACGUACUAAAAAUUAAUGUUCAAAAACUUAAACCUCAACACAGGUUUUGCUCAAUUGUUUUUGACGAAGUUAGUAUAAAUCCAAAUUUGAAUUUUAAUAAUAGUGAGGGAAGAAUUUAUGGUUUUGAAGACAAUGGGUCAACACAAACUCAACAAUUUGCUGAUCAUGGCUUAGUGUUUAUGGUACGUGGAAUUGUCAAAAACUUCAAACAACCUAUUUGUUAUUCAUUUUGUAAAAGUACAACAAAUAGAUAUGAUUUAGCUAAUCAAAUUCGAGAGGUAGUUCGAGCGGUACACUUAACUGGAUUGAAUAUAAUAUCAAGCAUUUGUGAUCAAGGAGCGACCAAUACAGCAGCUAUUAAUAUUCUUAUGAACGACACCAAAGCACGUUAUUUAAGGAAGAAUGAAUCAUUCUAUGGUGAUUUCUAUGAAAUAGAAUGUGAAUCUGAUGUAGUUAAAAUUUUUCACUUGUAUGAUACACCACACCUUUUGAAAGGAAUCCGUAACAAUUUGUUGACAAAAAAUGUAAUAUUUAAUGUUGAUGGUGAAAAAUUAGCUCAAUGGAGUGAUAUAUUGAAGCUAUAUGAAUUGGACAGCAACAUAGAAGAUGUUAAAAUGUUGCCUAGGUUGACUAGACAACAUGUCAUACCUACAGAAAUUCCGAAAAUGAAAGUUAGAAAUGCUGCUCAAGUGUUUAGCCAACGAGUUUCAUCCAUUAUGGCAUUCUUAGCAACUCAAAAUAUUCUUGGAGAUACAGCUGGAGACACUGCAAAAUUUUGUUUAUUUUUUGACAAAUUAUUCGACUCAGUUAAUGGAAACUUUGAUAAAGUAGUUGAUGGAAAGAUUUAUAGAACAGGAGUAAAAAAAAAUUCUCCUCAUCACAAAUUGUGGGAAGAGUCUUUGAAAGUUUUGAGUACCAUGAAAUUUGUGAAUCCUUCUACUAACAAACCAUGUACUCCACAACCACCUACAUUAAAGAAUUGGAUUAAAACUAUUAGAAGUUUUCAAAAUAUAUUCAAAACAUUGAAUGACAACGGUAUUAAGGUAUUGUUGCCAAGGCAUUUGAACCAAGAUGCUUUGGAGAAUUUAUUCGGUGCAAUACGGGCUUUGGGAUAUAGAAAUAAUAAUCCGACAUGCGAAAUGUUUGCCUCAGCAUACAAGACCUUACUCCUCAACAACCUAAUGUCAGCACAUUCUCCAGGUAGUAACUGCGAAGAAGAUUUCUCAGGUGGCUGUUUGACUUCUUACCAAACAUUAUUUGAAAUGUAUACAAACUGUGAAGCAAAUACUAUCGAACAAGAAAUCGAAGAACGAGUCGCUGAUGUUUUGCCAAAAAAGUUUGUAGACAAUGAUUAUAGUUUAACAUUAUUAGGAAGUCAAACCCAGAACUAUAUAGCAGGAUAUAUUGUAAAAAAGUUGAAUUCUGUCUUGUUUAAAAACUGCCGUUUAUGUCUAAAUGAAAUUUGUUCAAAACUGUCAAAUGACCAUCAAUUAAUUCAGGCUAGAGACUAUAAACAUAAUGGUAAUUAUCUACUGAAAUAUCCGAAUUCUAAAUUUUGUAUGUUGGUGCAAAAAGUAAUUAAUAUUAUUUCUCAUAAUUUACCUAAUAUAUGCCAUCAUAAAAAUUUGAAAAAAGAGUUGAUUAAUAUUAUUGAAGAAAAAGUUGAUGUAAAAUACAUAACAUGUCCUGACCAUAAAUUAAUUUUUCCACAAAAAUUUGUUAAUUUUGUGGUAAAAUUAAUGGUACAUAAUUGGUGUACGCAAAUCAAUAGAAUUUUAUCUGGCAAAAUAAAUGUAAAUAAAAAUGAAUCGGAUAAAAUUAAAAUCAAUGCUUUUGAAAGGUACAAAUUGUUUUCUAAAAAAAAAAGGUCCUCUUAA